AUGUCCGCCUAUCCGCGCCCGUGCGUGCAGGGUGGCGGAAUCGAGAGAGCACGAUGGGCGGGGCGGCAGUGCGGUACGACUGUGAAACCCAUGCAGACUCCCUCCCCUUGUCUCCCCCGCCCACCCCCCUCUCUCUCCCGCCCACCCCCCUCUCUCUCCCGCCCACCCCCCUCUCGUUCCCGCCACUCUCCCCCUUUCCCCCGUCACCUCCCCUCCCGUCCCCCUCCCCCUCUUCCCUGUGCAGGGUGGCGGGACCUGGCGAACACGGUGGGCGGGUCGGCACGGGAGUCAACUGACCGGCGCAAUGGGGAUGGCGAUGACGACGGCAGUGGUGGGCAGGCUGUGCUGGUGCGAGGGGGGCGGCCCAUCGCCAAGAGCAUGCCGCACGCCGGCCAGCCCAUUCUCAGCUUCAACACCGGCUGCCUGACAGAGGAGUACGAGCUGGGGGAGAAGCUGGGCGAGGGGCACUUCGGGUCGACGUACCGGUGCCGGCAGCGGGCGACAGGAAAGGAGUUUGCGGUGAAGCAGAUGAGCAAGACGCGCCUGCUCAUGCUGGGCACGCCGCUGGCGGAGGUGAAGCGCGAGGUGGGCAUUCUGUACCACCUGGCGGGCCACCCCCACGUGGUGCAGGUGGCGGCAGCGUUUGAGGACUCCAAGAGCGUUGCCAUUGUCAUGGAGCUCUGCCAUGGCGGGGAGCUGUACGACAGAAUCAUCGCCAAGGGGCACUACAGUGAAUGCGACGCGGCGCGACUGGUGAGCACGAUAGUGUCGGUGGUGCACUACUGCCACACCAUGAAUGUGGUGCACCGCGACCUCAAGCCCGAGAACUUCCUCUUCGCCAACCGCAGCGACGACGCUCCGCUCAAGGCCAUCGACUUUGGCCUCUCGCUCUUCUUCACCCCAGGCGAGCCCAUAUCAGCAGGGCUAGCGGGCAGUCCGCUGUAUAUAGCCCCGGAGAUGGUGCGAACCAACGGGUGCCACUACGGGCCGGAGGUGGACGUGUGGUCAUGCGAGCCCAUAUCAGCAGGGCUGGCGGGCAGUCCACUGUAUUUAGCCCCGGAGAUGGUGCGAACCAACGGGUGCCACUACGGGCCGGAGGUGGACGUGUGGAGCGCAGGGGUCAUUCUCUACAUGCUGCUCUGCGGCUACUGCCCCUUCCCCACGGACCUACCCACCAUGGACGAGCUGUUCUGCGCCAUCAUGUACGACGAGAUCGACUACGACAGCGAUCCGUGGCCGUUGAUCUCGCAGCAGGCCAAGGAGGUGGUGCAGGGCAUGCUGGACCGCAACCCCGAGACGCGACUUACAGCCAAGCAAGUGCUAGAGCACCCGUGGGUGAGCGAGGCGGGGGUGGCACCAGACACGCCGCUGGACCCCACAGUGUUCUCCCGCCUCAAGCGAUACGCCGCCAUGACGCACAUCCGCAAGCUCGCCUCGCAGGUGCGUGCCAUCACAUGGAGGGGGGGAGCGUGCCAUCACAUGGAGGGGGGGAGCGUGCCAUCACAUGGAGGGGGGGUGCGUGCCAUCACAUGGAGGGGGGGUGCGUGCCAUCACAUGGAGGGGGGGUGCGUGCCAUCACAUGGAGGGGGGGUGCGUGCCAUCACAUGGAGGGGGGGUGCGUGCCAUCACAUGGAGGGGGGGAGCGUGCCAUCACAUGGAGGGGGGGAGCGUGCCAUCACAUGGAGGGGGGGUGCGUGCCAUCACAUGGAGGGGGGGUGCGUGCCAUCACAUGGAGGGGGGGGUGCGUGCCAUCACAUGGAGGGGGGGUGCGUGCCAUCACAUGGAGGGGGGGUGCGUGCCAUCACAUGGAGGGGGGGUGCGUGCCAUCACAUGGAGGGGGGGUGCGUGCCAUCACAUGGAGGGGGGGUGCGUGCCAUCACAUGGAGGGGGGGUGCGUGCCAUCACAUGGAGGGGGGGAGCGUGCCAUCACAUGGAGGGGGGGUGCGUGCCAUCACAUGGAGGGGGGGUGCGUGCCAUCACAUGGAGGGGGGGUGCGUGCCAUCACAUGGAGGGGGGGUGCGUGCCAUCACAUGGAGGGGGGGUGCUUCUGGGUGCUUCCCUCCUCUGGGGCGAGCUUGUGUUGCGUUGGGGCGCCACACGCAUCACAUGCCCAUGGCUGGACCAAACAGCCUGCUCGCGCCGCGCCUCAUGCGAUACGCUGCUAUGACACGUGGUGGCGCAGCAGUUGACGGAGGAGGAGAUCCUGGGCAUGAGGGAGAUCUUCAACCAGCUCGACAUGGACCAGAGCGGUUCGCUGUCCCUCGAUGA